CAUAGAGUAUGAGUAAUAAUAAUACUAUAUCUGUGCAAUAAUAUUGACAGAGGCAGAAUUUUAUUAAUUUACUAAAAACUAAUAAUAAUAAGAUUAAUAUUCUUGAAUUUUGAACUAUUGAAUUGAAUAUUGAUUUUAGGGGGAGCAGCUCCAGCCUCCAGUGGCCUCAGCAACUUAUCCUUCAAAAACAUUAAAGAAGAAUGAAAGCAAUUUUGAUAUUCGAUAGUGUAAACGAUUUGCUAUAUUCAAAAUGGGAUGAAGAGUUUUUGUCUCGAAUGAAAUCGUUUAAUGAUCAAGAGAGUAAUGAAACUAUAACAGACAGUCAUCAUAUAUCUCAACUUCUUUCACCUAUAAUAACAUCACAACGAAUAAUGGCAGCUCAAUUUAGUAAUACUUAUACUUCCAUGCAAUGCAAAGAUAAAACUUCCAUUGUGUUUGAUGAGUGGUUAGAUCAUGUAUUUAUGAUUAUAAGCGAAGACAACGUAGAUGAUUCACAUCGUGAACUCCUAGAUUGUAAAACCUUGGUGCAACAUAUUUGUGGACAGAACAUAAACCUUCUUCACUCAUUAGUAUACCAAGACUGGUUGUCAGUGCUCCUUGACAGUCGACUGAAGGGUGAUUCAAUCCCAGGAGCAAGCGGUGUGAUUGGGGAAAGUGGAGCUACAAUAGCUGCCUUGAAUGCCCUUAAGACCAUCUCAAAAGAACUUAAAACUGCAUCCCAUCAGCAUUACCAUUUAAUGCUUUUUGUUGGUGAUAAGAUAUUGGCUUUGUAUUCUAGUCGGGGUAGUGAUGACCUAAUGCCACCAGACUUAAUUCUUUUAAGUACACAGUGUAUAGCAGCUCAGGAAUAUUGGAAUGAUUUGGAUCAAUUAGGUGGAACUCAAAAUUCUCGUCUGCCAUGGUUGUCAGAACAAAACAGUGCUAUAGUGAAUAUGUGCGCGGGCACUAGUGGCUCGCCUUGUGCUCCUCACUCGCUGCAUCUCGUAGAAGUGGCGCCGCGAAUUCUUUUCGUUGCUCUCAUUGAUAUGGAUCUAAGAGAAGUAGGUAUUGCUGCUCAUCUGUCUAGUCAAAUAUUAAUGAAUUUGAGAAAAAUUCUGUUGCAAAGGAAUCUAGAAUUAUUGCCAAAUUCUUUAGACACGUUGGAAGCUGCUUUGAAAAAGACUACAGAUGCCUUACGCAAAAACAAAGCAAAUUCGAAUCUAUGUUCUCGUCUGACGAGCAGAAUGUUGGAAUUACGGAAAUCGUGUACCACAACCACGCCUUUGACACCGGAAACAACAGCCACGGCAAUGCAUACAGCCUUAGAUGCGGUCAUAGAACUAUUGAAACCGGAUAUCCCGAGCCUCCGAACGGAACAGCCUUUGAAAGACCUCAAAACCCUGCUCGCGCCAUACAUUGAAUUUCUUCAAGUCAAAGCCAGACGAUACUUCAGUUUGGGAUCGGGUGACCUCGAAGGAAGUUCCCUAACCCUGCACAAGUAUGUGGAAGAGUUUCCCGGUCUCAUUCACUUCAUAUACGUGGAUCGUACUACUGGCCGCUUCUUGGCUCCUGAUAUGGCGGAUUGCGUUGAUAUGUUGACGCCGGAUACGAUCCGCAGUAUAAUGCGUCGUACCAUGUUUGCCCUCCGCGAGGGCUACGGUGCCGCGACAUGGCGUCGCGGAGCCAUCCACGUUUGCGCCGUGAGAUGGUGGGAGAGGAAGGGCCAGCCCCUCCGCCCUGCACCACAUCCACCCGCUGCCGUUAGAGCCUUGGCGCCUCCCGGUGAUAUAUUGGCUACGUUUUACAGGCAACUGAUGGAAUUGGUAUUUCCAAACGACAGCCAAGGUGUAAGUAUAAAAGAGUUAGUUUGUAUUCAUCUUGGCUUACUCCCAGCUUCUACUGCGGUACAGCAGGCACGUCGCCUCGCUCACUCUGUAUAUGAACUCGCGGGAGAAAAUCCAGCAAUUGCUUCCGAUCUGCUCUAAAUUUAGUUAUUUAAUAAGUACGUCUGUAGAUUUCUCAUAAUUGAAUUUAAUCUCUCAUAAAUGUCGUGGCCGUAGAAUUGAUGUUCAUGAAGUAAACAAGUAGACUUAAUAAAAUAGAACCAUUUCAUAAAAUGUGAAUACUAUCCUACCAAUACUCAACCAGCUUAUUAAUAAGUCGAUACUAUUCGGCUUCGCUGUGAUAUUCAUACAAUUAUAUACAUAUAUUCAAAUUUUUAAUUUGUUUUAAAUUGAAUUUUGCUAGUCCUUGUUUACAAUAUAACCAUAUUAAUAUGUAUAAGCUUUAAUGAGUAAUGUUAUUAAAAAUUAUUUUUGUAAUUUUUUAUUUGUUAGAUAUAUAUUUUUAUGUUACGGUUCUUGCCAUUAUGUUUUAAUGUGUUACAUACAAUUUUAUUACUGAUUAUUGUUGUUGUUUGAUAACAUUCCAAUAUUGCUUUAAUCAACUCUUAGAUAAAAUUGUAAAUUAUUGUUUGGUAAUAUUACUUGUGUGACGUGACUCACAAGAGACUCCACUAGCUUUAAAAGUAGUAACCAAAUUUAUGUGAAAAUAUAACAUGAACUCAAUAAAAUAAUUACACAGUUAA